UGACGUACUAAUUUCGUGUAACCACGUCUGACUUGCCUCCGUGAGUUCAGAAUAGGCCUGUUUUUGAAUGCACGCGGUCAAACGCACAGUGCACUCCGAAAACAUUAAAUAAAACGGAUUACCGUUCAACGUUGCGUGAAAAACGGGCUUCAAGUUGGCAAAGAGCUAUCCGAAUUUAUGCAACCUAAAAUGAGAAAGAACUUGUUUUUUACAUGAGAACAACGCGAAGGUCAUCAGUCAGUGUGCCUGUGGGUCUCCGGUAGACCACAUUAUUGUGUGAAAAAGGAGUCUUCUGAAGACUUAAUAAGGAGAGUGUAGUUCGAAGAAUAACGAUGUGUGAAAAACGUGUUUUACUCGCUUUUCUUGCGGUAUCGGUGGCCUUCGCGAAUUACACCACUGUCCGGCUUGCGCCGGAUUUUAUCCAUCCCUGCAACAGCACAGAAUCAGCCUGCCUAAUUCAAGCUACACAAGACGCUAUACCCGAGUUCUCUAAAGGCCUGCCUCGUCUAGGAGUUCCGUCAUUAGAUCCCUUCAUAAUUGACGAGCUCCCCAUUCAGCUACCCGGGGUCAAGGUCACGUUCCUGGCAGGAAAAGUUACGGGGCUUAGAAAAUGUCAGGUGCUGAAUGUAGAAGCCUACCUGGAAAAAAAUAUAUUUCUACUGGAAAUAAGAUGUAACAUAACAAUCAAGGGCAAAUACACAGCCGUCGGAAGGCUAUUGCUGUUUCCUAUCAACGGAGAGGGGGAUUCCAAAAUAAAAAUCGUCAACUCGGUCAUAAAACUGAACAUAAAGACGAAGUACUUCAAGGAUGCUGAUGGCCGCGACCACUUCGGUAUCAAAAAUUACAAAUACACGUUCGACUAUGGCGACAGGGUCCAUUAUACCAUCAACAACCUAUUCAAGGGGAACCCGGAAUUGAGUAACACAGUACUCCAAUUCCUAAAUGAAAAUUGGAGGGUGGUGACCGAAGAGUUUGGACAGCCAGUCGUGGAAUACGCCAUGAACGUCACCAUAGAAACUGCAAGGAAAUUCUUCAACGCUGUGCCGUAUGACGAAUUACUUCAUGUACCAAUACCAAAGUACUGACCGAUAGAUUAACAAAUAUUUGUGCCAAUGUUUUUCUUGGGGUUACCUAGUGUUGGAGAUUUAUACAAAUGUUUGGCAUAAAAUUGGACAGUUAGUACAGGAGCAUAAUAAUAAAACGACAUGGAUACUGGAUAGGUACAAGAAUUUUAAUGUUCUUCAGAAAUAUUUACGGGCAUGUCUGUAAAAGCAAUUGUGUAAUAUUUGCAAUAACGGAUUAUGUGAAAAGAUGAUUAUAUGUAAUAUGUAGAUAUUUUAGGAGUAAGUUAGAAGAGAAAAUAAAAUAAAGACAUCACACAGUAUAUUUUUUAUUGUGCUAUAAUUUCAAUAUUUUACUUACUCCUAGAACUUAUAAACUAAAUACCAGCUGUUAAAAAUUACAAAAAAUAUUUUCUACAAAUUAUGUAAGGGCAUCGACAAAAAUCCAAAGUGCCCCUCUUGUUGGAUUUAUUAUAUUAUUGUUUAGUUUGGAGCUUUAAAUUUAAAUGUUUAUAUUUGGAUGCUUUUGCUUCCAUUUAAUAAUUCCAAUGGUAUUAGAUCGAGGCUUAUACUUUAAAUAAUUGUAAAAAUAUACCUAAAAGUAGGUAUUUAUUAUCAUUUUAUCUUGCUUUACUUAGGCUACAAAAUUAGUAUUAUUUCCAUUUAAGUACCAAUAAUAUUGUGUUCUAAUAUUAA